ACAGCCGUUUCAUUCAUUGCAAAAUAUAGGUGUACUUAACUACUUAACAAUGUAUUAUAGAAUAAUAGUGGUCUGUGUUUUACUACCAGUGCUGCUACUGCAGUGCACUGAAGGUAUGUACCAGAUAGCAGGACCCAGAUAUUGGUCAGAACUUGCAAAGAGAGAUCCUUUAUACGCAGUUAAUCCACUAUAUUAUGGUGUUCAAGUAGAGGAAGAAUGUGUUUGCAUGAACUGGAGGUACUGCGAGGGAACGAUCAAUUCUGACAAAAUCUGUCCUGGAAGUUAUACCAAAGUCUGUUGUAACAAACCGGAAAUUGUAACAUUAGUACCUCCUCCAGUGAAAAUCUGUGAUCCAGACGAAAACAAACUAGAAAUUGAAGGAAUGGAAGAUAUCACCCCAUGUGUAUAACUCUAUGUGUAUAACUAUAAAUAACAAUAAACAGUUUUUAAUAGGUUUUUAAGUAUUUUAUACUGUCUUUAGAUAUACAUUCUUGUAAAAAAAGGAUUAAAAUAUAAAUAUGUA